AUGGUCGCGGGGGCGCCCCUCGACCACAACCACCACCCGCACCCCCACCAGCAGCCGGCCUGGCUCAUGGACGAGCGCGACGGCUUCAUCUCGUGGCUGCGGGGCGAGUUCGCGGCCGCCAACGCCAUCAUCGACCUGCUCGUCCUCCACCUCCGCGCCCUGCCCGGCGACUACGACCACGUCUUCGCCGCCGUGCACCAGCGCAGGCACCACUGGGCGCACAUCAUCCACAUGCAGCAGUUCUUCCCCGUCACCGACGUCGCGCUCGCGCUGCAGCACACCGAGUGGCUACGCAGGGCCCAGACCCAGCAGCCGCACCCGCCCACGCCGCAGGCCCUGCAGCAGCAGCACGCGCCCAACCCGCCGCCGCCCCCCGCGCGACGCCACAACUCCUCCUACGCGCCCUCCCACAACCAUCGCAACGCCAACGGCCGCGCCGAUCCGCCGCGACCUGCCGCAAACGUCGCCGCCGCUGGAUCCGAUAAACAUGGACGUGAACUUCAUAACCAAGAAGGGAAGGGACUUAAGGAAGGAGAGAACGUCGUUGAUGCUAAAAGUCUACAGUUGGAUUCUCCUAUUACCGAUGAAGGUGAGAAAAAUCCUAAGCUGCAAACUGAUUCUGAAGGAAGCAGCAAAGUGGCUCCAGCUCCUUCAGAGUAUACAACCAGGGAAAUCAUUGAUGGCAGGCCGGUUAAUACUGUUGAAGGACUAAAGGUCUAUGAAGGGUUGGUAAAUGUGAUUGAGAUAAACAAGAUUGUUUCUUUAGCUAACGAGACAAAAGCUUCUUCUCGCCGAGGAGGGUUGGAAGCGGGGCAGACUGUUAUUGUUGGUAGAAGACCACUGAGGGGUCAUGGAAGCGCAGUUAUUCAGCUGGGAGUUCCUAUCAUUGAAGGCCCUUUUGAAGAUGAAAAUCAAAGAGAGACAAGGGUGGAUGCUGUUCCUGGGUUGCUGCAAGACCUGUUUGAUCGCUUCUUUCAGCAGGGAAUCAUACCUUCUAAGCCAGACUAUUGUGUUAUCGACUUCUUCAACGAGGGGGAAUAUUCUCAUCCUCAGCAACCUCCUCCUUGGUAUGGUAGGCCUCUUUGUACUCUCUGCCUGACAGAGUGUGACAUGGUAUUUGGCCGAGUUAUCCUUGGAGAACGAGGCGAUAACAGAGGCCCUUUAAAGCUAUCUCUUUCUACAGGGUCUCUUUUAGUGUUGCAAGGGAGAAGUGCUGAUGUAGCCAAGCGAUCUAUUCCUGCUACACACAAGCAGCGAAUCUUACUGACUUUUGGGAAGUCUGUGCCAAGAAAACUUGUUUCAUCAGAAAGUGCUGCACGAGUCACUCCCACAUUAGCACCUCCUCCUAUGCCCUGGGGUCCACCAUCAAGGCCAGCUAACAUGAGGCCACAUUCCCCUAGUCCUAAGCACUUCGGAUAUGCCCCCACCAGCAGUGUACUUCCAGCACCAAUGGCUGGACCUCUCCACAUCCCUCCAUCCGAUGGAAUGCAGCCACUCUUUGUAGCACCUGCUCCUGUUGCUGCCGCAGCCAUACCUUUCCCAGCAGCUGUUCAAUUGCAAAAUACAGCACCAGCUUGGAUUCCAGAAGCCGCCCCAAGGUCUGCCCCACCACGUUUGCCUGUUCCAGGUACAGGGGUCUUUCUUCCUCCUGGAUCAGGUCACCAACUGUUGCCGCCUCAUCAGAUGAUCCAAGCUUCACAUGCUCAUGCGGAGAUGGCUAAUGGUAAUGCUUCUCCAAGGAGCACGGCAACAAGUAAAAGGCCUGAUACAGUCGAGGCAAAACCAGAGUGCAAUGGGAGCUCUAAUGGUGGCUGCGGCUUAGUGGAUGAGAAGUCAGCUGUUCAUAAGGAGCAGCAGCAGAAUGGUGGUAUGAAGAAGGCUGGGAACAGCAAGGCUGAGCCAGGUGCCCUUGCCAAGUAGAAGGGAGGUAUAGUACAUAGAGAAAUCAGAAAGAUGAGCUGAGGAAACUUCAAGUUUUCAGAUCGUGAUUGCAGGAAUUCGAAGAGAAAAAGAAUAGACAUUCACUGGAGCAAAUUGAGCUCGACCUAGGCCUUCACUGGCAACUCUCAUCCAUUGCAAGCACCUUGACGUCGAGUUGUCUACAAGACUGAACGCCGUCUUAAAUUUUGUAGCUGCUGUGUAGCAAAACUGGAUAUAUCUUGCUGCGUUAACUUGUCACCUGCUAUGAUUAUGGGAAUGGUAAUCUCUGUGGUGCUUGUUAUGUCAAUCUUA